UUAAUUUUAUCCAUUUUCGACCGGAGGAAAGUAACAGCAGGAGAAAGAUGGGCGAGGCGAGCACAUUCGCACCCACACCCCAUUCAAUUUGGGAAGAAAUUGAACAAUCUGAGAGUUACCUUGUAUCCUCUAUGUAUGAUGAGGCCGCUUCAUUAUCUUCAUCAAUUCUAAAUCGAUUGCGCGACAAUUAUAAUGUUUCAAAUCAAACUUUAUAUGAUAUGAUGGAAUCUGCAGGCAUGGUCUUCGUUCAGUCCCUCAAGGAACUUGGCAGGGCGUCGGAUAUUAUGACUGAGCUUAAGCAGUUGUUUGUGUCCGUUACUCAUGUCCCUGUUCAAGUUCUUCUCACUGGUGCCUGUCUUCAGAUAUCAGAAGAAUCAUAUGUUGGUGUUCGGGAAUUUCUUGAGGAUUUUCUUAGUAAGUGGAGUUAUGAAGAUGAAAAACACUACAUCGUUAUUGAUGCAGAAAAAAAAGUGGAUGCCACUGAAGGAUGUGAUGGUCAUUCCGUUUUGGGAAUUGAUCAGUACUCUGAAGUUGCUGAGAUGUAUGCUGUAACACUCCUUGGGACUGUUUUGAACGAUGUGGACCUUGCAAUCUCCUGGAUUGAAAAAGCUUCAUUACCGGAGGAAAAACGUCAGGUUCUUUUAAGAAGAUUACACUCCCGAUAUUCUCUUAAAGCCACCGAUGUGUCACAAGGUUCCUCAUUGCUGUCGGAAGAUUUCCAUGAAGUUCAUUCAUCUUCUUUAAAAAAACUAAAUGUGUCAGAGAGGUCUUCAAAAGCCUUAAAUGCUAAUUACUUGCCUAGUGGAGAGAAUGUUACAAAACAAGCUCUUUUGAAAUUUUCUAGACAAACAUACCCUUGUUUUUUGUGGUUCCGGGCUAUCACUUUGAAGUUUGGUAAUGUUCGGAUGGUCAUAUCUAACUGGAAUGUUGCGUUUGGCUGUUUGAUCGUUCUUGCAUAUUAUCUUUUCAGGAGGAAACAAGCUUCUAUGAAGAGGACUGUUGGAAGACGACUAUUGUCAGUGAGGAAGGCAUUGGUUGACUUGUGGCAGCUGGCCUUUUCAUACCAAGUGAACCCUCUAGCUGCUGUUCAACCUCUUCCUGCUGCAACACGAGGGGGUCGAUGAUGAGAUUUCUGGUCACUAUGUUGAGUAAGCUUGGACACUUGUAUUUAUUUUGUAAAAGAAAAUUGUACAAAUAGGCUAAAUUUGUUUCGGUGUUAUCCUGGUCAUAAUGCUUUGACAUUUAUGGCAAGCUUCAUAUUCGCAAGAAAAGAGUUAGGCAAAGCACAAAACACAGUAGCAAACAAUUGAUGGAUUCAGGGAAGCUAUUUUUUCUCUGGGUAGAGAUAUGUGCUGAAAAUCUUAUUUGUUUAGUGAAAUAAUAAAUUACUAGAUAGUUUUUUCUUUUUGCAAAAUAUAUUAAUAUUAAUCCUGCUAUGUAUAAUGUGAUCUGACCGUGAUUAUACAUUUUCUUUCACUUGUUAUUGCUUUUAGUUCAAAUAAAAGUGUUAUUAGUUGUAUAUGGACAUUACAGAUGACAGUUUGAAGCUUUAA